AGUCAUUUUCGGACUAUCAUAUAUUUUCGCGACAAUGGAUGCUGAAGAAAACAAAACAGAAUAUUUUAAAGAUUUUCUGGAAGAAGAAGGAAACGAAAAAUUGAAAAUUCGCAUAGAAAAUGCUUUGCAAGCGUUUGCCAGUGGAAAUGACUAUAUGUUUUUAAGAUGUCUUAGGGUGGUAGCAGUCGAUGCAAGAACUGAUGUUGCUUUCAAUAAUGCAACUUGCAAGGUUGAAACGAUGGGCAUAGAAACUAAAGAAAGCAAAUAUAUGGCUCCAAUUGGUUGUUUCUUUUUGACUGGCUACAAAAUUCUUCAAGACUUUUUGGCUGAUAGGGCAAGUACACCAAGAGUACCAGCUGAUAAAUUUCAACGGAGAGCUUUACAAAGAUUGCUGCAAUUUCUGUCUAGUAGUGAUCAUUCUGUACUGGCAGAAAGAGGAGAGGAAGGAUGUGAAGCUACCGUUGCCAGGCGAUAUGCGGAACAUUUACUGAUGCCCCUUGUUGAUGAGAAGACAUAUAUGAUUGAUUCAUACCCAGGAAUACAGUAUGUAAAAUGUUGUGAUGUGGAUCACUCUUAUUCUGGCAAAUGUGGAGAUACUUCAUUUGGUUUGGAGGAUGGGUGGCAUGGAAAUGUUGACCUACUUAUCAUGAACAAUACUGACGUAGAAUUGCCUGUCUCAUUUGGACAGUCAUCUGAAGAUGAUGUUUCAGUGUCAGAAUCAGGUGACAAGGUUUUGGAUAAUGAAUAUUCUCAGAUGGUUGUAAAAACAUUUGUCUUUUCAUAUUUACAAGGUAGACAAAAUUCUGGAAAAAUGCAAAAUAAUUUGAUUCCUAGUAUAGGGAUAAAGAAUGAAAAGCUAAUUGUGUUUAUGUAUGACUGUGAGAAUGAUGUACUCCUUGGAAGUCAUUUAUUGGACUUGUUUGAUGAAGGAGAUAUUGACGUCAGGAUUGUGAUUUUUCUCUGGUUUAUUUUGAAUUACAAAUUGUUUUGCACAGGGCUUAUUGAUGACUAUAAAUUUGAUAAUUAUCAAGCAGAUUUCCAUACAUUACUUGACGAAGAUUGCCUACAACGAUACAGAAAUGGAGUUACAAUGCCUUGUCAUUCAAAAACAUCUCAUAAAAGAUGUUUUGAUCCAAAUAAAUCUGAUGUGCCUCCAGUGCUGGAAAAGAGAGUGAAAAUUAGCAACUUACCUGAAAUUUUACAGUGGGAUAUUUUUGAUGACAGGUGUUGAUAAAAAGUGACAGUGGAAAACUACAGUCUUUGCCUUCCAAAGGUUUAUUUCUAAAAUCAGAUUUGGAAAUUGGACAAAAAAAGGAGUCACCAUAUGUCUGUCUACAAAAGUUAAAUAGAUGAUGCCCUUGAUUCAAAAUUGAUGAUUAAAUAACUUGAUUUCUGAAAAAUUUGGUUUCCAAAUUUGCACCCACAUUUUUGUUUAGACACAGUCAAACUUUGAUGUUUCAUAACCUAGAAUGUGGAUAUGCAGUGUAGCUCAAAAGGGGAAAGCAUAACAUAUGUAAUCCAGGGAUGGCUUGAUUGAUUCUUGGAUGAGUCAGAAUUGAGACAAAUUAUCUCACAGUGAUAUGUCACUUGUCUUUUACAGUAUAUUUAAAAAUCAUGUGGGAUUAGUAGUCAUCACUUGUCGAAAAUAGGUAAUUACUAGUUAGUUAUCUUGGAAAUUGACCGCCCGCUGAAAAUGUAUUGAAAUUCACACAAAAACUAGACAAGCAAACAAACUUAGAUUGUGACCUAACGGUCUACUUUAGUCUGCAUUGUAUACGUUAUGACCUUUUCUAGCAAUUGAUGUCAUGCAAACGAUAUAGAUUUAUCUCUUGCUUUUCUAUGUACUGUUAAGCUUUAAGCUGAUUUACAAAAAUGUACAUUGUAAAAAUGUUACUAGUUUGCAUUUAUAUGGUUAGAUUCAUAGGUGAGGCAUCCUAAUUUACUUUCUUGUGUAAUAUCUUUGUGCAGUAUGAUAAGUUUAUAAAAUGUAUUAAUCGUGUAUGAGGGCAUGACAAUUGAAAAUCUAAGGGGUAUGAUUUGAUCUUGAAUAAUGUAUCAAAGGAUGAUUUUUGAAAAUUUUCAUAUAAAAAGCCAAGUUCUACCCGUACCAAUGGCUUCUUGAUUUAUACACAUCCGAUACAAAGUACAUGAGUUUGGCAGGUUAUAUAACUGUGAUUUCUAUUUCCCCCCAACUUAUUUCCCUUCAUAACACUCAGAAAUUUUUUACCUAUUCCGGCGAGUUGGAUAUUGAUAUAUCUUUAGUUUUAUAUCUUUUGUUUUUUGUAACAAGGCUGUAUUACCUUGUAUGGUUAAACUUAAAAAAGUGGGAUAUAUGUUUUAUUUCUCCUUGUUACUCCAUUUAUUAACUGAUACCUUUGAUAUCUAGUAAGUAAAUUAUUGCAUGGUCCUCUAACUUUGGGUAGAGUAUGUGGUCACAAUUUGGUUUCUGGAGCAUUACUUAAGUUACAUUUGGCCCACAAUAUUCAAACUUCAUAGGAUGAUUGUCCAUAUUGUGUAGAAGACCUCUAUUGAUUAGUGGUCACAAGGUCAAAGGUCAAGGUCACUGUAACCUUAAAACUGAAAACAGUUUCCGGGGCAUAACUUAAGUUCCAUAUGGCCCACAAUAUUCAAACUUCAUAGGAUGAUUGUCCAUAUUAGGUAGAAAACCUCUAUUGAUUUAGGGGUCACAAGGUGAAAGGUCAAGGUCAAUCACUAUUUCCUAAAACUGAAAACAGUUUCUGCUCAAUAACUUAAGUAUUAAUCAACCUACAGCUGUAAAAUUUUAUAGUCCAAUACAUUAUCCCUAUUGAUUUUAGGGUCAUAAGGUCAAAGGUCAGGGUCACAAUGUGAAAAUUGUGGUUUCUUGAGCAUAACUUUAGUUCCAUUUGGCUCACAGUGUUCAAACUUUAUAGGAUGAUUGUCAAUAUUGGGUAGAAGACCUCUAUUGAUUUUGGGGUCACAAGGUCAAAGGUCAAGGUCACUAUUACCUUAAAACUGAAAACAGUUUUUGCUCAAUAACUUAAGUAUUAAUCAACCUACAGCUGUAAAAUUUUAUAGGAUGAACAGCCAUGUCCAAUACAUGACCCCUAUUGAUUUUAGGGUCAUAAGAUCAAAGGUCAGGGUCACAAUGACCUUAACACUGAAAAUUGUGCUUUCUGGAGCAUAACACAAGUUCCAUUUGGCUUACAGUGUUCAAACUUCAUAGGAUGAUUGCCUAUAUUGAAUAAAAGAUCCAUAUCUAUAUUGGGGUCACAAGGUCAAAGGUCAAUAUCAAAUGACCUUAAUAUUGUUAACAGUUUUACAACUGUCAAACUUCAUAGGAUGAUCACUUAUAUUGAGUACAUUAAUUAUAUGCCCUAAAAAAUUUGCUUAUAUUAUGUUAUACUUAUUUAAUACCCCUGGUGUCUCACCGUCCAUCCAUCAUAGCAUUUUUACUAACAAUCAACAACUUGAUGGUGGUGCUUUAGAAACAGCAACUGUAUAUAUAUGAAGGUUCUUCAGCUAUAAAGGAGGAUUGCUUUUUGAAGGAGGUAAUACUUUAUUUAAUUCCCAUGUCUUACAAAUGCUUCAUCCUAACUAAAAAUAAACACUUUCGAUGCAUAUAAUGCUCCACCUAGCGGUGCAAAUAGCAAUGACGUGCCAAUUUAGAUUUUUUUCUGAUAGAAAAAAACAUUAAGUUACAACUUAAGUUUGUAUAAUUUAACUGUGUUAAAUAUUUUUCUUAAGCAGUCAUCCAUUUCAUUAAGAAUCUGGGUCGGGGGCAUUUUGUUUUUGUUAUUAUUACAAUUGAUAUUUUUUUUGAAAUUGAUAUGAUUGAGAUCGUUUCCUUUAGUAUGUACAAUGACUUAUAUGUACUUGUAUUAAAAUUAAUGUUUUUAUACACUCUUGUUUGACAAAAUAAGUCAGAAAUUUAAUUUUAAUGAGAAAAAGUAUGUAUUAUAAGAUAUGUUUGAAAUCAUACUAAAAUCAUUUGAAUUAUUGUUUCAUGCAUUAUGUAUAUUUAUAUGUUCAAUGUUGGAAAUCAAACAAAAACAAUUGCAAAAAAAUUAAAAGUUAUUUAAAUAACAGGCUUCAUUAUAUUCUAAGGCACACAUGUCUUACAAUAUUUAUGUACUAGUUUAUAUAUAAACACGAUUUAAACAGCUGAAAAAAGGGACACAAGACAGAUUAUUGCUGUUUAAAACAUGUUAUUGUUACUAGCAACUGACUUACUUUUCAUAGAUGUCACUGGUGUGCGUAGAGUUUAUCAAUUGCUAUUGAGGACAGUUUAAAGAUAUACUAUGCUGAAAUUUGAUGUUAGAAAAUAUUGGUAAUUGCUUCACAGU